AUACCCACAUUCUGCAGGUCUUAUCACGGUUUUAGAGUUCCAACAAAACCUUCUGACCUAAACGUUUGGAUGGCUCUCAGUAGACACUCAGGAAAAUGUACCACCACUACCAGAGGACAUGACGUUGAUACAACUCACGAAACCAACAGUGGCAUCCUUUCCUUAAAAGUUUUGGAAUUUAAAUCAAGUCUUCUUGAAGCAGUUGAAGAACUACAUAUUCACAGGGAGGCUGAAACGCGUUAUGAACAACAGAUUAGCAAACUUGUAUUGGAGAAGCAAGAGCUGGAAUGGCAGAAGGAAUCCCUUCAGCAGCAAAUUGACACCAUGGCAAAUCAGCAUGAAGAGUCACUCGCCAAUGUUAAACACGAGUUGCAGUCCAAAAUCAGCGGCAUCGAAGGUGAAAAGGGAAAGUACCAGCUGACAGCUGAGUUAAAAGACAUGGAGAUCAACAGUCUGAAGGAGGAACUGAAGUUGUUACAGUUGUUCAAGUACAGUUUGGAGAAGAAAUUAAGUGAGCUGGAACAGAAGCUGCAACUGCAGACCCAGACAAAAGACCGCCAUCUUAACCAACUGGGAGAGGUGGAGAGGCGGUUUGGGGCUCUCUCCAGGCAGUGUGCCACGGUCAAGCUGGCCCAAGAGAAGCUGGAGCAAAAUGUUGAAGAUGCCAUGAGACUCAAUAAGAAACUAACGUCUGUGAAUACUAAACAAGAAUCCACAAUCAUCUCCUUAAAACGGGAUGUGCAGGAACUUAAUAAUAAACUUGUGAAGGUAAAAGUGUCAUCAUUGGGUAGAUCCGAAGAGAACAACAACCUCACAGUCAAAGAGCAACGAAUACAGCAACUUCAGCACAGAUUGAAUGUGGAGACAGAAAUGAAUACAAAACUCAGAGAAGAACAUGUAACUGAAAGAGCAGGAAAAAGGGAGGUGAUGAGCUCCCUACAGCAUGCUCAGCAGCUUCUGCUGACACAGACUCAGGCUGUGAGCCGGUUGGAGCUGGAGCUUGAGGCACUACGUGAGGAGUACCAGGCCCUUAAAAGAGAACAGGAACUGACCCGAGAGAAGACCCAGGGAAACGAAGCCCGAUUCGCUGAUUUGAUUGAGGAAUACAGACAUUCUAGAAUGAUCUGGGAAAAUGAGAAGCUGGUGUUACUAGAGAGAAUCCAGUGUGAGCGUCAAGACCUGAUAUCUGUGAAUCAUGACCAGCUUCCUGAAAAACACACAGAGUUAUCAUCAUAUACCAUGCUGUCAGCCGAACCCACACAGGGACUGAAGAGUGGUCUUGAACAUGAUAAAGACCGAUCUCCUGACAAUGAAUGGGUCACAAAGGACAUUCCUACAGAAGAUACAGUUAUAGUGGAUGGAGAGGCGCUAACCGUGCAAAGUGACUAUGUUGCAGAUGUGUCGGAUCGAAUUAGUUACGUUGGUCCUUUGGGCUGUUUGGAGACUGUGAUUGACAACUCACCACAGACCUCCAACUGUAAGGUUGUAUUUGGAAUACAGACCACCCAUGUUUCCACUCUAGAUCCAGAGUGCCAUGAUGUAGAGGGAGGUGGAGACGGCCGUUCGGGUAAAGACAAGCCUAGCUCGGUGCUCCGGCUACCGGCAGGAGACUCAGAGGGCUUGCCACCCCCCCAGUCAGGAUCUGAAGACGGCCAGGCCACACUCACAGACGUGGUUCAUGUUCUGAGUAUCUGCGGGGCGGGGGAAGUUCAAACAGCUGACUCAAACAAGAAACCUGUCUCCUGUGAUCCAGUCUCAGCGCUGAUUGAUAAUGUCUGUCCGUCCAGCGGCGACCAUCUAAGCAACAAAGGUGACUCUAAGAGAGAACUAUCUGGCUCUGAGAACAGGUCUGUUUACGGCGCACUAGACAGUGACCUUGUGGCUGGAGGAACGAGGGACGCAGAGCAGGAACCGAGUAUGUAUACACCAGGGAUGACAGCGUGCCAGACGACUGAUAAACACGGGGGCAGCCAGACAUUUCAGGACGUUGACCCAGUCCAGGCUGAUGUCCCACUGACGGUCCCACGGUCCUCGGGUCCGUGCGGAACGCUCCCUCUUAUUUCAUCGAUUUCAACCAACGUGGGUGAAAUCGAUAUGAUAAGAUGUCACGCUGCAGACGGAGAUGAGGCCGUCAUUCCUGCUGAGGAAUCACCCAGGAGCCCGUUAUCAGCUGCGGUCUCACGGAAUAGCAACACGCACACUGGGAAUCUGACAGGAGAAGAGCUAAGCAGAACAUCCCUGCAUUCGGAGCCCCGGAACCUGCCCCAGAUAAACAGUCCCUGGCGUAUAAUGGCACUGGACUUUGCUCGGUCUGACUGUGAUACCGGAACCGAGCAUAAACAACCGACGGUGUGUGGUGCUCUGGUGACUGCAGAUGUUGUGGAUUCUAAAUGUCAGGGGACCUUAUCGGAGUGUGGACAUGCUAGCCCUGAUGAUGAAACACGGGGAGAUGUUCCUGAGCAACCUUCUUCCUGUGUGGACUUUGCGUUGCCUGUUGGGUCACAGGCCCGACACCAAGAUGUGGUCAACUUGCCACAGUCAGAAAGGCUUCAUGAAGGCCACUGCCCUGGCACAGCAGUGGACCAGUUAAGACCAACACAAGCCAAUGAUGGGGACGCUGAAGUUACUCAAAACCAACCUAUUAAUCUGACAUCCAAGCCCCAAAGUGAUGAGACAGAUUUCUCAGCCAAGAUAAGUCUUUCCAGACAAUCUGACAGCAUCAGUUCUGAGGAGGAAACAUCCGAAAUCAUUGAAUAUUUAUUUCUGCCGAGCGAAAAAAUAUAUCAGUCGUCGUUUGAAUUAACUACUAAGAAAAGAGACAUUCUUUCCAGGAAUAUGCAAGGCAUUGCCGUUGGUCGAAGUCCCCUUGGCAGCUGGCCAACCACCUCAGCAUCCCCAGUUACAACUCCAGUGUCUGACCUCAAAACUAAAUUGUCCUCUGAAUUCCAAGAGCCUCCUCCUCCUCCAAUCACAAUACCCGUCUUUCUAAAGGGCAAAAAAAACACAAGCGAUCCCCCAGUAAUGACUGGGUCAGGAGCCAGGCAGGACAUUCGCAGCCUCCUAACGUCCCACCAGAGACAUAAUCAAGAAUGGAACUCCAUUAGAGAGAACUUGAAUGAAGUGUCAGCAGAAAAAGAGGACCAGGUUCAUGUCCCUGUCAGUUCUGUGUUGCCCAACACCCUCACCACCUCCUCAAUGGGCAGCAGCAGGUCGUGGCAGAACACCCAGACAGUAUCCUCUCCCUGUCAACCCAGCCCCAACAGGACUGGCUCAUCUGAUGCUUUCGCACCAAUUUCCCAGGAAAAGGGCCAUCUUCAAAAGUCAGACAUUAGAACCCAAAUUGACAAGAUAGAGGAGCUGUUGGGUUCUGAGAGGUUGAGACUCUCUAAGAGACAUAAAAUGGAGUGAAAAUAUGCUGUUGUUAUGAAGCACUAAAGUUAAUUUAGUUAUCAUUUCUUUGCAAGUUUAGUUCUUCAAGCUAUCAAAUGUUCUGUCGUUAAGAGUUUAACAAAUGCCUUAAGGCAUGAAAGCAUUGUUAGAAACCUGUAUUUAUUUAUUCAUCUUUUUAUGGAUGCAUUAAAGGGUUUCCCUGUAUUUAUUAAUUCAUUUAUUUAAGGAUGUAUUCAUCGGUUUCCCUGUAUUUAUUCGUGGAUCCAUGUGUACCAUUGACCUAGAGUUCUCUGUAUAUUCAAAAAUGCCUAGUUGUCUAUUUCUGUCUUGUUUAGAUCUAUUGUCAUAGAGUAUGUUUAAAGAUAUUUUCAGCAGUCUUAGAUUGCAGUAUGACACACACAACUAAGGUAGCAAAAACAAUUAGAAUUGCCUAAUUCUAUACAAGCUAAAUCCUAACUCUAAAUUACUCAACAGUCAAGCUGCGAACUUUGGUUUCACCUUUUUUUAAAUAGUUUUUAAACCAGGUUAAACCAAGCUGUAUUGCUGGAAAGAAAAGUCUUAAACAGUCUCUACAAGCACUCAAUUAAAUCUCACAGCUUGACAAUGAAUAAAUAAAUCUCUGUUCGCUA